AGCGGCGCACGAGCCCUCCCACAACAUGUAGAAUUCUGCCCGCUUGAGGGGUGAUUUUAGUGUCAGUAAGUGUACAGACGUCGGUCUAUCGUACAGAAACAUGACUGUAGUUCGUGGGGCCCUCUAGGGGCCCCCGUGACAGCGGCAAACCCGCGAUCGGGCAGCGUGCAAUCUAGGUACUCAGAGAUAUGGCGGCAGCACCAGUAAAGGGUGGUCUUGUAAACAUCGCCUUUCUUCUGGACCUGAACACUGGGCAGAGACAUGAACUGGGCACAGGGCGAGAUGUUACUAUAGGAUCCAGUACAGAUGCUGACAUAGCCAUAAAAGGUGAAAGUGAGGCAGGAGACUUCUGUGUGGUACAGGCCUGUGAAGGGGCAUUUCUUCUGUCUGCUGCCCAACAGGGAAGUCUGGUCUGUUCCAUCAAUGAUGUGGAACUGCGGGAACCAACACCACUGAGCCAGGGAUGCCUUGUCAGGGUGGGGAGACAUGGGCUCUUCCGGUUUGAGAGAAAAAGGGAGGAAAGGAGACCUACCAGCACUGUCUCCUCCCCCCUGUCCCCUGACUGGUGUGUGGUGGUACAGCCCAGCCUUGACUCGGACCUGCUAGAACACCUGACCACACCUGCCCAGGUGGCUAACCUGGCAUCCUCCAUCCUGAGCCGUCAGCUGCUGACCCUACCUGACCUCCAGCCUACACCCCAGCUGGUGGAUACACUCUUCAAGGCCUUACAGGAGGUAUCAGAGGUUGACCAGCAGGUGCUGGUGGAUUUUGUGAGAGAGUUCUACCAGGAGACAGGACAGGAGAGCAGUGAUGGGAGGGGCGAGGCUAAAGGGGGUGAGACACCUGCAGGGCGGGUCCCAGGUCACACCUGCAUCAUACAGCUGCUGGUUCAGCUGCUCAGGUUCUCCCUGGACCCCAUCCAGCACAACAUCCUGUGGCUGCGUCUGCUGGCAGGACUCAGCACCUUCACAGCUAACCUGCAGCCCCUGGUGGAGUGUAAGGCCUCCCCAGCUGUACAGGGGGCCAUGGCAGCUCACCACUGCAGCGCAGAGCUGCAGCUGUACAGCUGCCAGGUGCUGGGGCAGCUGGCAACAUACAGACCACUUCCUGGUGAGAAGGCCCCUGUACGUCAGUCUGUAGUGGAGCUGGUGGUGCGUGCCAUGGAUGAGCACAAGGGUGAGGAGAGGGUGGUGCAGGCUGGGUGCAGGGUGCUGGCAGCCCUGGUGCAGACCAUGUCAUCAACUAUCAACUUUGUGGUGCUAGCAGAUGGUAGCUUAUCUAGAACGGAGGCAUUUGUGGAGACAGGGCUGGCUGUGCUGGACUUUGUACAGCAGGUUGCCAUGGUAACGGUGACGGAUGUAAUGACGCUGUACCCACACAACACCUCUGUACAACAGGACGGUACAUGUAUCACCACGUACUUCACACCAGUAACAGAGUGCCAUGACACAGACCAAGAGGUAAAUGCAGCUGCUGCAAAAGAUGAUGAAGAAACUCAGUCAAACAAACCAAUUCUCAAGACACGGUCAAGGUCAAAUUCAAAGUCUGAGAAGAGAGUGAGCUUUGCUGAAGACACUAAAUCGGCAACUAGUGAAUCUUCAUCUGACAGUGAAGACGAAUCAGACAAAGACUCGGUGGUGGCUCAGAGAGAAACUAAAGAUGAAAAGCCAGAGCCUUCAGACAAAAUCGUUGAGUUAGAAGGUGAGGCUACAUCUGGAACAGCACCUACAACCUCUCAGACUUCUCAAAAGCAACCUGAUGACAACUCUGUGCAUGUAAAGAAUACCAAGAUGGUAGAGACCUCUUCUCCUUCUUCACCAUCCAAACACUAUAAGAAGAAAACAGUUAAGGACCAUGGAAAGGAAAAGACUGUAGUUAAAUCCAACAAAGACAUUCCUGUGCAAUUUUAUGUAAAGCCAAGGCCUGAGCAUCCUCCUAAAGAAAAGCACAAUGGAUAUAAGAAUACUGAAUCUGAACCAUCUUUAGAAAACGAUGCCACUAUAUCAUUACAACAAGGAACUAAGAACUGUAUCAGUUUGAAUGAAGCUAGGCCAACCUCCUUGCCCCUAGAAGAAGUAGUAUUUUCAGCAGAGACAGAGUGCUGGAAUGACAAUGGAACAGUGGUCUCCCCUAUGGGGCAGGGACGGAGAAAGUGGGGUACUGUGAAGAACCCUCCACUAGAUCUGGAUAUAGAGGAGAGCAGUCUGGGAGGCAGCUAUGUUGAACUUGAGGCUGUGGAAGUUGGAAUGGUGCCAGCUGACUGUGAGGAGCCCUUAGAGAAUGGUGAGGUCAUACUGGAGAGGCCAGCAAGAAGGAAAUGGGGAAGUAUUAAGGUGCCACAGCCUCCAAUGCUAGAGUCAGAGAGCCCAGAGAUUAAUGGGAGCAUCACCCCCAAAGAAGAAGUUUCAGAGGAAACGUGUGUUGAGAGAGUCCAUGAUGGACACAGUGACUUUUGUGACACCUUGGCAAGAAGAACAAGGUGCUUUACAAACUGUGCAGCGUGUGCUGGUACUUGUUCUGGACCGGCUGGGUACAGAGAUGCAUCCAGAAAAAAAUGGUGAGGUAUCGUUACGUGAUGCGGAGGCACAACAGGUGUGCUGGACAACACUGCACAGCAUCCACCAGGCAGUCCUACAGCUGAUGCCUGAUGGGAUACCUUCCCAGGAGGUGGAAAAUGAUGCUGAGUGUCAUCAGCUACUGACAUCCAUCAAGGCGCUCCUCAACCCCUUUAUUGUCCCUGUGUCAUCUGUUUAAAAGAGAUGUGAAAAGUGAUGAUGUAACAAAUUAGACAUUAUACAGUGUAGGAGAGUUCAGGCUUCUGUAAAACAGUUGCACUCAAAUUUCAGCCUUGACAUCUGGGCAGAAUACACAGAAAACUUUGGACAAUGGAGACAAUAUAUAGACAUUUUUUUUAACAGUGGACAGUUAUUUUUUUCAAUAGUGUCACCUGAUAAGGAUGACUGAACUGAACUGAACUGGACAGUUGGAUAAGUGUGACAUUAUUGGACGUGUUAAUGCAGCAAACUGAUUUUUUUAAUACUAUCAACAUGCAGUCAUUUGAUAUCAUACCUUCCACAUAAAAUUGCAGCUACUCUUUGGUCAAGUGUCAAAUUUUAAGGAAAUGUGUGCAAUUUCCAUAUAUCUAUAGUGAAGUAAGAUUUUUUACUCAUCCUUGACUGGCUAUGGCUAUUUUAGAAGGUCAGGGCAAGGUAGCAAUUAGAUUAUCAAAAUGUAAUGUUUUUAUGGAGCAUCAAAGUGUGCAGUUUUUACAAGCACUUUGAUAUUGAUUUGCAAUAAAAUAUUGUUGCAGUUAAUGUAAGUUUUAGAUACUGAUCAUAAAACCACUGUAAUAUAAUGACAUAAUUGUGACAUAUGACAUAGUCAUCAUAUUACUGUAUAUUCAUGUAUAUCAUCAUAAUCAUCUAAGCUAAUAAUCUAAGCAAAUAGACAUUUUUCUGUUACAUUGUAAAUUACAGCUACUCAGCAUUUGGUUCGUAAGAAAAAGUGUAAAUUAUCAAAUGUUUUAUCAUGGUAAUUACAAAGUUGGUGCAAGUUAACUGGUUUUUGCCAAUACAAUUGGCAUGACAACCUUUUUUGUGUUUUAUUUAUCAGCAAGCAAUGACAACUACAUUUUGCCCUAAAUAUCAAUGAUAGUUGUAACAAAUCCAUCUGCAUUUUAAAAAAUAAACUGGAGAAUCAGCCUGUUUUUAUUUUUCUAGACCUGAUUUUUACCAGGUUCCACAUCGGUUUACUUGCCCAUAUUGUUGUUUGUAUGACAAGUACAUGUACACAAAGAGACAUCCCAUCUUGCCUUCCUAUACCAUGUACCUCCGCAAGGUUCAUUUGAAAUUGUUCUGGCAUUUACAUGAUUAAAAAUGUGGUACCAUCAGAA